AUGGACAAUCUGCGAGCACUCGUCGCGCACCAUAUCAACAAGACAGCACCUCCGGUGGCCUCAUGUCCGGUGAUUGCACGAUGGCUUAGUGUGCGGAGGUUGGUGCUUGGGGAAGUGCGGUCGUGGGAGGUGAUGAAUAUUGAUCGAGGCCGAGGAGACGGCGACAAUGACGGAGGCAUGACGGCGGAGAUCGUGGAGAAGACGGAGGGCAAGAAGCCCAAGCAGGAAUGA